ACCAGUUGAAGUAUGCUUUAUCUGUAUGUUAUUGUCUGCUUACAAAAGCAAAAAAUCUAAUCAAAAAUCUAAAUGAUAAACUCAGAAGCCUAGUUUACAGUACUGAACUGGCUUUCUGUUUGGGUGUGUUUAGGAGAGCCAUGCCACUGCAUCCCUUCUCGUUCCCCUUCCCUCAGACGCGCUUCUUUAAGGCUGGGACUAACAUCUACAAGUUGAAGAUCCGAGGAGGCAGCUCGUACAGUGGAGUGGAGGCAACAGGAGGACACUUGUACAACCUUGAGCAUGAAAUGGAGGACAUCAUCAGGACUGUGCUGGGAAACCUGGAGAGUCUGCAGCCCUUCACCAGCACACACUUCCACAUCUACCCCUACAAAAAGCCUUGGGAAAGAGUGUCUCAAGUCAUGUGUAAACACGGAGAGGAGGCUCUGAAGGCUUACCCCUUCACUCUGCUGCUGUACCUGGAGAAAAACACGCACAGGGAUUCAUUUACAAGAGACACAGUAGACAGAAGACAAGAGGCAUCUGAAGAGCCACAGCAGGACCUGUAUGAGCACUCAUCUAAACGGCAGAUGACAGACUCACCACUAGAGGAUGCUAUUCUACAGGACAUGGUGGAGGACAUGGAGGCUGAGACUGUAGUGUCUGUGCUCAGCCCAUAUGAAACAAAGCUACUUUUGAGGCACUCUUCUGACGAGGACGCCAAAGACAAGUUUGCUGAUGUGGAUUCAGUCUCAGAUGAAGAAGAAGGUGAUGAGAAGGAGGAUGAAGAGGCUGGUGGUGAAGACUCUUCGAUGAGGCCGGGCAUGCUGUCCACACUGGCAAGGCGCAUCUACCCCUUCUCCCUGUUCUUCAGAUCCUCUUCACACUCAUGAGUCCCUGACCAGCCUCUGCUGCACCGCUACUGCUGCUACACUCUCAUCAGACUGCACGUAUUAUUAUUGUAUGCAAAACAACAAAAUCCCACAGAUCAGGUGGGUGCUUAGUUCUGUCUUUAUGUGUGAGUUGUAUGUAUUUCAUUGUGUUAUCUGUUAUAAACACAUGGUUGUAUUUACUGUAAUCUAUGUAUUCAUGUUAAAAUGUAUUACUUGUUCUUAACAAUAAGUACAUUUUAGGAAGUUACUCCUGUAUUGAUUUGAUUCUGCUGAAGUAGAGCACAGAUGUGAUCUGCACACAGUCACUGGCUUUCCUAAAAUGUGACUUGCUAAAGUACCUAAAACUCCAUGUUUCCCCCAAAAAUUGCUCCAAACAAUCUGGGCACACAACAUCCAGCAAGGAUCCAUAGCAAGGACCACAAAUGUAUGUUACGUUCACAAAGUAACAUUUCACUUAAAUAUAAAAUAAUUUGUUAUAAACAGUACUAACAAAAUGUGUUUAUCUGGGAUGUAAAUGAUUUGUUCUAAUUGCAUAUAUAAAGCCAUAUUUUUACUGUAUUCAUUAGUGAAAAAGACAAAUGUGAUGCAGACUGGGGCAGGGUGCACAAAUAUUGGCCAAAUUUCCCAUUCCUCUAUACCAAUAUAUGUGAGAAAUUGUCAGAUAUCACUGAUGACCCUUCCCUACAGUGAACACAGUAACACACUCAGCUUUGUGAUCACUUAGGCAACAGGCAGUUGGGUUUGUGUCAAUAUCUUAGCUUUAGUCCAAGAACAAACCCUAAUGUGUGUUCCCCAGUGCACAGGAGAUGGGCUGAGUAUUUUGGAGGAGAGUGUCCAUUCCUGAUCACAGAUGUUCUUGUGUUAAUUGCCCUAACUGCUCCAGAACUGCUCUGUAAUGGACUGAGGCGGUGAGAGUGCAGAGAGUGCCUGUUGACAGGACAGAGCAGAGCUGAGCUUUCUUCAGGUAAUUGUUUCACACAAAGCUCCAGUCUUUCCACUUGGCUAUAUACCUCCAGUUCUUUUGUGGAAACUCCUCCCCCAGCCUGUCACUCACUGCACACCUGCAGGGACAGAGCACGCCACAGGGCAAGGGAACAGCACCUAUUUGCCUCCUUGGAUUCAUUCUAUUUAGGCCUGUCACUGUAAUUACUAAUAAUAAUUACUAAUUGACUUAUUGUUCAAUAUAUUCAAGCUGGAACAAUAAAUAUUUCAGCUAUUUUUUUAUGUAAUUUGUUAAGAUUUGAGCUGUAGAGGACUUCCAGUAACUUUCAGGACUAACUGUUCAUACUCAUACUGCCAUUUGCUGUAGCUCAGGCCUUUAAUGAUACUGUUUGGUUUUUUUUAAACUAGGCUUACUGGGAGUAUCCUACUUUAUUUGUAUUGUGUCAGUGGUAUAAAGUAGUUUGAGUAUUAUCAUUUAUUCUGAUAUUCCUCUGUAAUAAUUUAUUCUGUGACAGAUUGUGCUAUCAUCACAUCCUCAUUGUGUUGAUGUUGAGUUUUUCAUGUGCUUUUAUUUAGAGUUGUGCUUGUGUCUGCCCUAUAGGUAGAAUUUUUGACACCUGUGGAUCAUUAUGCUAUAAUUUGGGCUAGAUUGGAGUAAUGAAUACAGGGGAAUAAAGAUGACUUAAACAUGCAUGAAUCACUCAAAAUACAAAUUCAGAGAAAACAAUUAUACCAUUGU